AUGUCUCGAACUUAUACGCUGUACUACCAAGGUUUGACUCCCGCCGAUUCGCCAAUGAGGCCAGUUCAGGUGAUAUUGAAACUGCAUUCCACUCAAGUCGAGAUGAGAAUGACGUAUGUGAGACGAGACAUUAGCCCACUUAACUCAUGCCCGGAGCCAGGAGCUAUAGAAACAAUUAGGACCGAGGAUCCUUUUCAGUAUCUUCCCCUUGGUAUCCAUACGCCAACUUUUGUGCUCGAUAUCCUGCCGGGCUCACCAGCUCAUCGAGCCAGCGAAAGGAAAGAAGCUGCAUCAACACAAGCGGCAACUAUUGUCCACGAUCAAAUUGAUGGCAGCCGAAUUGAAUCGGGUGAGAAGUCCGGACUUCGAUUUGGCGAUAUUUUGACAAGGGUGCGUCGAUUCUCUUGCACUUUUACUGAUUUUCACAGUGAUUGCCUUUAUUUGCCUCUGCCUAAAACAUUUAGGGGAUCAGGUUAUAUCGUGCUUGUUAACGAUCAAGAUGUUACUAAUUGUGGAGUCCAGUCUACGCUUAAUUCUCUCCAAUCGGCCCUCGAGACUGGGAUUUCUUCGGAAGCCUCUAGGAUCCGCAAGCUCCGACUUCGUUUUCUUAGAUAUGGCCUGCCGAUCUCUCAGCAGUCAUUGCCUCCUCCGCCACCUCCUCGAUGUCAAUCUGAUGCCCGAGCGAUUGCUCCUGGUCUCAACGGAGUUUUGUCUCCCUCGAUAUCUCUAUCUCCACCCUCUUCUGAAGUGAAUGAUCUUGUCAGUUCAACAGCCUUCUCGGUUCUCCAAUCUAACUCUCAACCUGCUGGUCCAUUCGAGGCUGAUUUGGACUCCGAUGCUUCUGCCUCACCUCCCAUUCCUACUGGUGUCAAUGAGUCACAUGUACCGACUCGUCGAGGCUCCUUUUUUGUGGUGCAAGCUGAUGUUGAGCAUACGGUGGGUCGUCUUCCAGUAUCUAAGCUACACACGAUCGCUUUAUUGACCGACUACCUCCACCUUGCACCGGUGGGCCGCUGGCCUGAACCUCUGAUACAUUUUGCUUGUCCUUCUCGACACUUUCGUGUAGCCCCAGCCUGGCUAACCAUCUGGACUUUUGUCCGCCAAGUGAUAUUAAUUUUGUAG